AUGAUCUCCGGCGCCAGGUACUCGUGCGUCCCCACGAACGAGUUCGACCGCGCCUCGGUCGGCUCCGCCACCAGCUGCGGCAGCGCCGCCGGCCCGCCGGCGAGCUCCACCUUCUUCUUGCCCCCCGGCGUGGAGGCGGCGGCGGAGGGCCCGAAGCAGGAGACCUGGACCCACGAAGGGUGGAGACAGCGGGGGUCGACGCAGCUCGAGGAUUCAGCACAAGUGCCCGAUGCCCUCCUUCCCGAAUCUCCUACGCCCAGCGACGACGACGACCGGAGGAGGGUCGGGCUCACCGAGCACCGAAGGGACAGGUCAAAGUCCGAGAGCAUGAUGUGGCCGUCUUCUCGCACCAGAAUGUUCUCCGGCUUCAGAUCGCGGUACACCACUCCGAGCAUGUGGAGGUACUCCAGGGCGAGGAGGACUUCUGCCACAUAAAACCUGCACCGGCCACGGCAACGGCAUGCAUCAUAACCCAUGAACGUAUUGUUCCAGUAAAGUAUCUACUACUAAACUACGCCUGCAUGCUGAAUGGCAUGUUCCCCCCAAGGUCCUCCCCGAGAUAACUUACUGCACAAGCCUGAGCCGGAGCAUCACAAAGUCAAAUGAAAAAGUGCACCCUCUAUGUUACGUGAUUUACCACCCGUUCCGGGCUCUCCCUAUCCUUGUAAUUCCUACCAUGCAGUCUAGCCUACACGAAGCCUGACUUUAAUGCACAUUUGACACGGAGACUAAUUGCAUGCUCACACAGUGAAAGAUAGAAAAUCCCGACUUGGUUUUGACCGGAGGGAAAACAGAUUCACUGAUUUGCGCCGGAAGAAAAUCCGGUUUCCAUUUAAGAUCUCUACCGACAGCUCCCCUCUAGAUGAACCGUAAGAGAAAACACCGACUGAAACAAUCACAAGAAUACCUUCAACACCUUGAGUAAAAAAAAAAGAAACUACCAAUUUCAGAUUUCCCACUAAACAAAUUAGGAUCUGCGGGCAAGAACAGGAGAGCGAUUGAGAUCCUAACUCCAUACGACAACGGGAGGGGGAGAGAGAGAGAGAGAGAAGGCCACUGACAGUGCAUGAGAUCAAAUGCUUCUAUUUCGGAAUCCAAAAUGCUAAACAAGAGAUCCAGUUUACACAGGUAAAAGCUACGUACCUGGCUGCUGGCUCAGAAAAGCUCCGGCCAGGCUGCCUCUGUCGAAGGACAUGCAAAUCACCACCUGGGCAAUAUUCCAUGACCAAGCAUGAAAGAUUAUCCGUGGUAAAGUAGGUGUACAAUGUUGGAAGAAAUGGAUGAUCCAGAAUCUGCAGGAUCUCUCUUUCAGUCUGUGCUCUUGACAUCUUCUUUCUGCUCAACAAGAAAUCAUUAUCCAUAACUUUCAAGGCAAAUAAGCAUUCGGUGCCGAUUAGUUCAGCAAGAUACACGGUUCCAAUAUCUCCACAACCAAGCCUCUUGAGAAGGAUAAAAUUGUCCAAUCCUAUGCUCCCUUGGUGCAUCUCAGUUUCCCGGAUGGCAAUCCAUCUGAAGUCUUUUGACAUAUGAGGUCUACAGCCACGGCCACUAGAGGUGCUUUGGCUGCUUUCAUCACUUACACUUGUGCUACUGCUGUGAUCACCCAUGCUACUUUUUGAACUCUGUGAGCUUUCUCCUUUUUCCUUUGAUCUUGCACCUUCACUCACUUCCCCUCUUAGAACCCCAUCACCAUUCCCACUGUCAACAGUACAGUCAUAUUUCGUCGCAUUACAGAUAUUUCUUUUCGGAGUAACGGGGUUAUUUUGUUUUCUAUGACUCGCUGCAGCCAAAGAGGGCUCCUUUUGGCAUCCCAGUUUAGUAUUAUUAGAGCGAAAUGUAUCACCUUCGCUGCAGGCAACAGAGUGA